AUGGAUACAUACAAAGGACAGAAUGAAAUCGAAAUAUAUUAUAUUAUUUGUGCAAAACUAAUCAAAGCAAUAGAAGUAUAUAAAUUAGUUGUCAAGUUUUUUAAAUGGUCAAAUAUAUAUAAAAUUCUAUACACUAUAAAUAUAUUCUUAUAUGUAUUUGAUGUCAGUGUUCAAUUAUAUUAUGUCGUUUAUAUGCUUCAACAACUGGAGAACAUCUAUAAAUUGUGCCUCAACAUGUUAUUGCCGAUUGGUAAAUUUUGUUUUUUAUUUUUAAUCAGUUAUUUAGGACAGAAUAUAGAAAGUCAUAGUAGCGAAGUUUUCGAAAAAUGUUAUGAUAGUCUAUGGUAUACUGCACCAGUAGCUAUAAGAAAGUUACUAUUGAUUAUAAUGAUAAAUAUCAUGAAACCGUGUCAAUACAAAAUGUUGGGAGGAUUAUUUAAAGGCAACAUCAAAGGUUUUGCACAGAUAAUUAAUUCAAAUAUUAUUAAAUAUUUUUAAAUAACAUCGAGGAGAGAUGUGAUAGAACAGUAUAGAUUUGGCUCUUUUAAAGUACAUUUUAUUGGUGACAUAGUCUCUUUUGAAACUUCUUUCUAUACCAUUCAAAAGGAAGCAUUUGCGGCAUGUUAUGCUUUAUUGUUUCAAAAAAUAAAUAGUGCAAGUGAUAGUGCAAAUGAUACUGCAAACAAGAUUUGUACUGUUUACGGAAGUGGUACUAUAACUAUUACGAUCAUCCAUGAAGAUCGCAAUGAUCGCCCAGCAGCGAUGGAUACGGAUCUUAUCAAGGCCAUGUUCGUUGAAAAUCUGCGAUACUGUUUGUACGAAAUAGUGGAUAUCUCUACAAUCCCACGACAAUACAUAAUCAUCUGA